AUGUCGUCUAAGAAUUUCCGCGUCAGUGACGGAGACUGGAUCUGCCCGGAUAAGAAAUGUGGAAAUGUAAACUUUGCCAGAAGGACAAGUUGUAAACCGGUGCGGACGAGAAAAAACAACCGAUGCGAAAAUGAUGAAAGCUGGAGGGACAGAGAUUGGGAAAACUUUGGCGGAAAAGAGUCGUGGGUUGUUCAGUGCUAAUGACUGGCAAUGCAAAACUUGUGGGAAUGUAAAUUGGGCCAGAAGAUCAGAGUGUAACAUGUGUAAUACGCCAAAGUAUGCCAAACUGGAGGAAAGAACAGGAUAUGGAGGUGGCUUUAAUGAACGUGAGAACGUAGAAUACAUUGAACGAGAAGAAUCUGAUGGGGAGUACGAUGAGUUUGGGAGAAAAAAGAAAAAAUAUCGUGGAAAGCCAAGCAGCUCCAGCUCUAAUUCAGUCGUUAAGAGUGAGGAGAAGGCGUCUGGAGGUGAGGAAGAGGAGGGGAUGAAGAGGAGGAAGAAGAGGAUGGAGAUCUGUCAAAAUAUAAACUGGAUGAUGAUGAAGAUGAAGACGAUGAUGGUGACCUUUCAAAAUAUAACCUUGCCAGUGACGAAGAAGAGAAUAGUAAAAAAUAGGAAAUCCACACGCAGCAGAUCAAAAUCGCGUUCGUCUCGUUCCUCCUCCCGCUCAAGCUCAAGGUCUAGGUCCAGGUAA